AUGCCAUUAUUUGCUCCCUUAGACUCUAUUGGCCAUAACCAGGUUGCAAUUCCGGGUCUUCUGUUGCACAAUCAGAGAAACCAAGCGGAUGACCGACCAUCAUUCUUGUUUUGGCGCGCAAUUUUUCUCGACUUUAUGGAGCAGCGUCGACGGAUAAUAGCCAAGUCUCUUCUUGGCCACAGUCUUUUUGGUUUCCAAAUCCACGAUCCCGUUGUAUAUGAACGUCUGUGUAAGUUAAAGACGUUGUUAAUGGCCACGUGCAAUGAGAGGAAUCAGAUUGCGCUUUUGAGUGAGAAUAUUUGCAAGAUUGAAGAAAAGCUCAAGACCCAUGAAGAAGAAUUUCUGGUAGAGCCACUACGUCAUUUUAAGCAGGAGAUGGAGCUUUUACUUGACGUAAAUAGCGAAGACGAUGAGGUUAUGAUACAAGAGGAAGAGGAGAAGGAAGAAGGGGACGUGCUCAUAGAUUACGACGAGACCUUAUCGGUUUCUCAAGAACCUUUUUUUAGUAAUUCUUUGCACGUAUGGAAACCUCUAGAUAACGAUAUUAUCAUCAAACAGAAGAAGACACAGGAACGAAGCCCCUGUGGUGUCUGCUGUGCCUCAGACUCAAUUGACAAUGACCCACUCAUUGUAUGUGACAUCUGUCGCAUGGCAGUUCAUCAAACAUGCUAUGGAUUGACUGCAAUUCCCGAGGGAAAAUGGUACUGUCACUUGUGUAAAACGUACUUGGACGCUCUGGAUGUUGAAAAGAAUAUAAUUGUGACACAUGAAUUCGAGUGCGAAGCAUGUUGUAUUAAGGCUGGAGCAAUGGCACCAACGGUGGAUGGGGGAUGGGUUCAUUUAGCGUGCACUAUGUUCUUGCCCGAGCUGGAUUUGCAUGACAAACAAGUGUCGACAUUGCAGGGCGUGUCAGAUCAUUUGCAGGUUGUUUGUGGGCUAGAUAAGCUACACAAGAGAAGACGACUACGGUGCUAUUUCUGCAAGAAGAACAAUGAAAGAGGAGCAUGCGCGCAAUGUGCUCUAGACAAGUGCGUAGUUGCAUAUCAUGCAUUAUGUGCGCUCCGGAACGGAAUUAAAUUGCGAUACAUGGAAGACCAGGGUCAAUUCGGGAGUGGAUGUCUCAAACACCAAGCUGAAUUCUUGAAACUAGAUAGAGAUUUGGAAGUUGAAGUAAAUGACGGUGGAGAAAAAGGUGUUAAGUUGUUAGGGAAAGCAGUCGGUGAUACGAAUGGUGGUAAUAACGAGUUGGACAGCGACAGUGUUAAUGACGACAGCCACGACUCCUGCUCGGAUGGUAAGCACUAUCUAUACGGUGCGAAGCAAAGAUAUUCGAUUCAAAAAACACCAACGAAAAUGCCACCACCACGUUUGCUUGGUGGACCUCCAUUACGUAAAAGCGGUGGGAACGGUUCCAGCAGACUAAAACGAAAACGACACGACAAGCUAUCAGUAGAGAGCGCAACACCGGUUUUGGUUGUUCCCACUCCUCCAGCUGCCACAGAUGCGGCUUCUACCUUAGCCUCUCAUCUGACGAAAGCUUCCUAUACUCACAAGGAAGUUAACUCCAAUAGUCGUAUGAUUCUCCAGACGAAUGUCUUUGCUCCGUCGAUUUAUCCCCCGGCAUACAUACGAGAAGAACCGAGCGAGCGAGAUUUUGAGUACGUCAUGGUAUUAAUUGCAAGUCGGCCUUUAGGUCUUGGAAUUGCAUCGUCUGUGAAAGAUGCCGGCAUUUUUCUUCACGCUCAGAAAACCCGUAAUCCGGCAAUUCUAGCGGCGUUGAAGCACGGAGUCAUACAAGACGGUGACGAGGUAUUUGCGUUUAACGAUCUUACUUUACGAAACAUAGGUCUUGAGAAGUUUGAAAAUGAUGUGGUUUCUGCUCUUUCGCUACCCGUCCAUUGCUGGUUCCGAACGAGGCGGAAAAAUAGUGUGGUCAAAUUUGCUAUUUCCGAAGCGGCACCAGUUUGUGUCACGGCCGCUGCGCAAAAUACUCUCGGUACAUCAGUAUCGGUAAAGCAGGGUGCGGUGGCCACACAUACCAAAGUGGUGACAUCACACUCCGAAUUUCGUCCAGAAACUCAUAGUUCUGAUCUUGCUUGCUCAAAGGAUGUCUUGCGUGAUGCGGAAACUGAAGUUACGUGUGGAGGCAUUGAUUGGCCGUGGGUGUUUCUUCGGUCUGACGCGAAGCUUGCCAUGAAGCUGUUCUGGACAACACUAGACUCGGCAUUUUUUCUCCGAAGAAUGAGCAAGCGCACGUUUUCACAGCUGCAGAGAAACGUAGAGGAUAUUUGUGGAGUACGUUUCGGUGGCUUGCUCAUGGAAUGUGGUCAGCUUCGUCAAUUGCUGGUAAUGCCACGAUGCGAGCGCGUACCUGAAUAUCUUGUGAGUUUUCGUAGCUUGCGCAAACCGCAACACAACUUGUUAUUACCCGGUAUCUUCACGGAUGCUCUUGGCGACGCGAACACAGACGCAAGUGAAGAAACGGCGCUUGAAGUGGGCACUACAGUAUCUGUUGCAACACGCACGUGGCCUGGUAUGAACAAACACGGUGGCGUAGUGGCAGCGAAAAAAAGGGUGGAGCGCAAAUAUAUCAGCGUGGUGGAUCUUGACACAGUGCGGUCUGAGAAGAGCGAAGAACAUAGCUUUACGUCAAACGGUAAAAGGCAGAAAUGUGAACCGGAAACCGUUGCCAAAGAUGCUGCGGAGGUAGAUGUAAGCACCUUGGGUGUGAAGCUAUUUGUUGCUGUUAGUCGGACAGCGGACACAGAAAAGCUGAGCGCACUCCCAGAUGUAGGAAUUGGAAGGCCGCCGAAACAUUGCCGCUUCCAAUUGCAGUUCUCGACCGCAGAUGCUACCGUGUAUUGCGAAAGAAAUUCAGGACAUCUCAAUCACGUCCCUCUUGCGAAAGAAAUUCUCAUGGAUCGUCACUUUGAAGUUAAGCUCUCCGAAGUUGACGCUUUGACAAACGCAUGUUUCAUUUUUGAGGUUCUGAGCAUCGAAGAUCGCGUUGGAGACGAAGUGAGCGAGGAUGAUUCGGAGAGUGAAGACGAAGAAGACAAAAUUAAGAGCAAAUUGGCUACUUUGCAGCAACAGUUCCGCUCCAUAAUGGAGUUGAACGACCUGGCAUUUGAUUCUCUUACAACUAAAGUGGAUGAAGAGUACGCGUCGAAGGAGUACUAUCAGCAUGAGCUGCAGGAUAUCCAGUGGCGCAAUUAUGAGCGCAUGUACCAGGAGUUACAGGCUGCUAGACGUCGUUUUGAUGAAAGCGAUGGCGGCAGUGAUAUGGACGAAGACGGGCAAGUUUCUGGUUCAGAGACAAAGACGCAGAGCGAUGAGGGAGAGAAUAGUGAGAACGAGGAUAUUUCUUUUGGAGGGAUGUUUGUGAACAAGCUCAAACAAGAGAGCAGUGAAAUGUGUGCACUCUGUGAGCUAAGUGGUGGUGAUUUUACUGCUACAGACACCGGUCAAGUGGUGCAUCCUCAAUGCGCACUGUUCACACCCGAAACUUUCUUUAAAGAUGGAGUCGUUCAUGGUAUCGAUUUGGUAGAUCCGCAACGUCAGCAGUUGAAGUGUUCUUUAUGUGGAGGUCAAAAAGGGUUGAGCAAAAUUCAGUGUGCCCACGGAAAGUGUAUACGAGCAUACCACGUGGCCUGUGCGUUUGUGAACGGCCUUCUUACGAUAAAAUCAUCCAAAUAUCAAGCGUGGUGUCCUCGGCAUCUUAAAAUGUCUGGAAUGGAGCAAUUUGUAGAGCUUCCAGACCAUUUGGAUGAAGAAAAAUCCACGGAGAUUGCACUGGGUAGUACGUGCGGUGUCCUGAGCGCACCUCCAGCCUCUUUCUCAGCUCGUCGUAGCUGGAAAACUAACGAUUUGCGUUUGAAGAAAAAAUGUGGUCGCCAAGAUACUUCACCCGCAAUGGUGAUGGCAAUAGCCCGCACAGAACUGUCGUCGUCCAAGACAAACCGAAAGCGCAAACGAAAGGAUAAUACUGCCAAUGCUACGACCAAAACUCAGUAUUGA